CAUUUGGUAGUAGAGAGAGUCCAUGCUACUCUCUCACUUCGUCCCAGCUUACCCUUCCCCCUCCCUGUGACCUCAAGUCCAUUCUCUACAUCUUUAUCUAACCAGUGUUUGUCGUCUCCAGUUUUUCUCAACCACUGUGUUAUUCUUGAAAGGUUGUGCCCUGCCCCCUUCCCUCCUGUUUCAGUUCUCUUGUCACCCAUCUCUGUCCAUUGGAUUUACACCGUGGCAAAACGAAUUGGCAGCAGCAUCUGAAGCCAUUUCAGCAUCCGUGUCUACCUCUGUGAAGGCAACAGGUCCACAGGUGCUAAAGAAGAGCCGUUAUUUGCUUCUACACCUGCAUCUUGGGAGAAUUAAACUUUAAAUUAUUUUAAGUGGGAGGUAGGUCCCCAUCAAAGCAAUGGUGGGAUGCGAUGCAGCCCAUUUACUUAUAGCUGGUAGCAUUUUUACUCCACAGCAGCUCACUAAUUCCUGCUGUGCUUCAACUCCCUGUGUGGCCUUUCAACUUGUUAAAAAGCUUCAAGUGUCAUGCUGAGAUUCAGAGAGAAUGGGGCACUUGGCCGGCAGCUCUAGAAGCUGGAUAUGGGGAAGGCCAGUGCAGAGGAGAAAGCUAAUCACCCAACCCCAGGAGUUGCACGAGGCUUAAAGAAAGUACAGUACAUUCUUAGUACACUUUGUGCUUCACAGUCCUCAACAAUCCGGUGUGCUGAGUAGAUAACAGCAUUGGCAAUACUAGUCUCAUUUUAUGGAUGAACCAAAGAAUCCCAUCUGUGGACUUAAAUGUCUUUUUCCACAGAGGCUGGGCAGGUCUGUGGCAGAACUGGCAGCAGGACACCACCCCUGCAUUGACACUUCCUUAUUUAAAGGGGCUCUUGUGGAACUUCUGGACUUGAAUUAGGAUCCCUGGAAAUCACCUCCCCACUUUCAGGAGGGAACCAAGGCCCCGAGUCUGCAUGGCUGGUGUGUUCAGCCUGCAGCCCACUCAGAAGCUCUGUGUACCCAAAGACUGGAACUCACUGAAAAGAUCUGCAUUCCCCACGGGUACAGAGGGCAAAGAAAGUCAAGUGUAUGCACUAGACAGAAUCUGGGCAAAGUUUUGAGUUAGGAAGAAAUGAGGGGGAGGGGAGGGCAGAGGUGCCUGAGCGGCCAGACAUUUGCUAUCGGGCUGGCGGCCCGCAGACUGUUCAUUCAACAAGUAUUUAAUGAGUCUACUAUGUUACCGGUCAAGGGCUAGGCUCUGGGGACACAGUGGUGAGAGGUGACCCCACUGCGUAGUAGCGGGGGGAAAGGACGAUAAUCAGUGAUUGUAGUUGUGUGGCUGUGUCUGGGUGGGGAGUUGAUUGGUGACCCUAGGACGGCCACUGGACACCUCUGCUCGGUCACUGCUGACUGGCAGAUGCCACCUAGCAUCUGGCCAGUGAGUACUGUGUUAGAGACCCACGGAGGGCCUGGGGAUGAGGGACCCUGGAAUGGGGGCCACCUCCUCCCUUAUGGAGGGCACUGACAAACAAAUGGUCUUGGUCUCAGGACGGUUCAGUAUUGCCCUCUUGCUGUCAAACCCAAGUUUGUGUGCCAAUGCACAAAGGGGCCAAACAGACCGAAACAUGCAUUGGGCACACGCACUUGGCUUCGACAACUCUGAGCUGUCCUGUGUUAAACACUGGGGCAAGAGAGACAGAGUUGUGUGUGUUUAAAAUAUACAAGUAAGAAUUUGCCUUAAAACCAUCCAACCAACCAAGAAUAGUCGAAACAAAACAUCGUAAUCAAAAGAGAAACUUCCAGUGUCUGUCUCAAAUUCAAGGAAGAAAACACAUUUGGAGGUAGGAUAGUUUUAAAAAGCCAAUUCGAACAUUUCAGGGGUCGAGACCAUUUAGAAUUAACCCCCAACUGAAUAGUUAAUAAACAGAGCAGCCAUUUCUGCAGCACAAUGAGGAGGUUUUAAGGUCAAAGCCUACUCUUAUCAUAGGAUUCCUAGGGGCACGUUGUGUCUUACUUCUGUCAUUUUCCCCUCAGGCCAGAAGAUGGGGGAGAGCGGCAAGCCAGGCCGGGGAAUUUCUCCAGCUGAGGAAUGCGAGGCCUCUUAUCCCACCAAGCUCAGCGCCCAACAGCUUCUGAUAAAACUCAAGUAACUGUCAGAAGUGGAGCCCUCGCCCGUUCAUCAAGUAAUUUCAUGCUCUUAAAAUGGGGCAUAAAGUGGUCGUAUUCGACGUCUCUGUCAUCAGAGCCUUGUGGGAAACUCGUGUCAAGAAGCACAAAGCCUGGCAGAAGCAGGAGGCAGAAAGGCUCGAGAAAAGCGCAUUGGAAAAGAUAAAGGAGGAGUGGAACUUCGUGGCCGAGUGCAGAAGGAAGGGCAUCCCCCAGGCUGCGUACUGCAAGAAUGGCUUCAUAGACACCAGCGUGAGGCUUCUGGACAAGAUUGAAAGGAACUCCCUCGCAAGGCAGAGUGCAGUUUCCAAGGAGAGAGAGAAACGGAGCAGUGAGUUUGUGUUUGAACUUACGGGGCAGCACUGGAAGGAGCUCCCAGAUUCCUUGAAGGAGCAGACGCACCUGAAAGAAUGGCACAUAAGCAAUACCCUGAUUCAGAUCAUUCCUAAGUAUAUCGAGCUGUUUCAAGCCAUGAGGAUUCUGGAUCUGCCAAAAAACCAAAUCUCCUGUCUUCCAGCUGAAAUUGGUCGUUUGAAGAACCUGAAGGAACUCAAUGUGCGUUUCAACCGUCUGAAGAGCAUUCCUCCAGAACUGGGAGACUGUGAAAAUCUAGAGAAACUGGAUUGUUCUGGAAAUCUAGAAUUAACUGAGCUCCCCUUUGAAUUAAGUAAUUUGAAGCAAGUUUCAUUCGUAGAUAUCUCAGCAAACAAGUUUUCCAGUGUCCCGAUCUGUGUCCUGCGGAUGUCUAAUUUGCAGUGGUUGGAUAUCAGCAACAAUAACCUGAGUGACCUGCCACAAGACAUAGACAGGCUACGAGAACUGCAGACCUUUCUCCUGUAUAAGAACAAGCUGACCUAUCUUCCCUUUGCCUUGCUUAACUUAAAGAAGCUCACCUUGUUAGUCGUCAGUGGGGACCACUUGGUGGAGCUCCCGACAGCCCUUAGUGACUCAUCCACACCUUUAAAAUUUGUAAGUCUUAUAGACAAUCCUAUUGAGAAUACCCAGUGUCAAGAUGAAACGAUGGAAAGUGAACAAGAUCGCCAACAUUUUGAUAAAGAAUUUAUGAAAGCCUAUAUUGAAGAUCUUAAAGAAAGAGAAUCUGUUCCCAGCUAUGCCACUAAAGUAUCUUUCAGCCUUCAGCUUUGAUGCCAUCCAUCAGAAGACUACAGAAUUUUCCUGACUUGUGGAGCUGUAAAUCUUCCUGUUGUGGGUCAUGUCAUAGAGGAAUAAUGGCUUGUGCUUAAAGACAAAGUCUAGAAACCAUGGUCAUAGUUGUUAGGAAAGAUGAUUUUCAAAUUUCAAAUAUGUGAGUACCUCUCUCUGUGGACUGGAGAAUUGAUAAAUGGGUUUAUAUAUUGACAUUUAAAGGUUCAUUUGCAUACACUUGUUUCCAAAUCAUGCACAUUUAAUAUUUCAGAAAAUGUGUUAUUUUUUAACAAUUAUCACUUAAAGACCAAAAUUUGAAGUUGAUUGCAUUGUUUUCAGGAAUCUGGAGAUAAAGGGAUGGUGAGAAGAGUAUUUAUACUGGACUAGUCAGAUGAGACUUUUUUAUUUUGUUAUUUUGAAAGAGUUUUAAUGCAUUAUUUCUUUUACUGAGGACAGUUUUCCUUGGGUUUAUACAAAUGGCUAUUUUCAUGUUUUAAGUUAUAUUUUACAAGUGUAGGCUUUCAGGAAAGACUUUAGGUAUAAUCUGGACCUUGAGGGCAGAAAGAAGGGCUGGAUUGUCUGCCCAGGCAUGGGGCUUAGAUGGUGUGCUGGUGUCCCUAGUGGAGCAAGUGUGGGCCUGGCUGGUCCUGGGAAGCGUUGCGUGGCCUGCAUGGGUGGUCAGCCUGCCUUGAGUGGGCCCCUUGGGGAUCUUGGGAAGCCUUGCGUGGCCUGCAUGGGUGGUCAGCUUGCCUUGAGUGGGCCCCUUGGGGGUCCUGGGAAGCAUUGCGUGGCCUGCAUGGGUGGUCAGCUUGCCUUGAGUCGGCCCCUUGGGGGUCCUGGGAAGCCUUGCGUGGCCUGCGUGGGUGGUCAGCCUGCCUUGAGUGGGCCCCUUGGGGAUCUUGGGAAACCUUGCGUGGCCUGCAUGGGUGGUCAGCCUGCCUUGAGUGGGCCCCUUGGGGGUUCUGGGGCGCCUGCCAGAGCACAGAGCAGAGACCUUGCCUCCAGGGACCUGUCCUCCAAGGUGGCCAUAUAAGUAGUGGGAAUGACUAGUCCACACUGAUGAGGAGUCCCUAGCAAGGCUUCUCUGCAGGUACCACAGGAGAACUCUGCCUGUGGCCAAGACGCUGCGGUCCAGAGGGAGCUCAGGAGACUGGAUUUACACUGGCAAAGAAGGUAUUCAUUACAGGGCUUUGAACUUUGAUAUCACAUUGUAGGAUUUGGAGAAAUUGUACAAAUAUCUAUUUUUAUUCUAUUAUCUUGGACUAAAAUAAACAGGAUUGUGAAUGUGUUGAAGCUAAGUUUAAACAAGUAGGUUUUGUGACUAAGAUGGAAAAAAUGCAUAUCUUCACAUAUAUUUAUAUAUGAAUCGACUCCUAUAUGGUCUAGCCCAGUGGUGUCCAGUAGAACUUUAUGCAGUGAAGGAAAUGUUCUGCAUCUGUGCUGUCUAAUUUAGUAACCACCAGAUGCAUCUGCUUCUUGAGCUCUUGAACAGUGUCUGGUGUGACUGAAGAACUAAAUUUUUAAUUACAUUUAAAUUUAAAUAGCCAAGUGUAGCUACCAUAUUGUAUAACAUGGUCGAGCCAUUUGGGCUUUUCAGAAGUUAAUCUGGGCUAGAAAUGAAGAGUGAUUUUUAUUUUCUUAUCUGAAGAACCAGUCUACCCCCAGAGGGGUUAAUAGACACCCAAUAUUUUGUCUUAAUGGGUUUAAUCAUAACUCUAAAUAUUUUAUCCUCAACAGACAUAAAGCAGGCAGAACAGUCUAAAGUCACAUAGUAAUGCUUCAGUAGAGUACUGCUUCAAGUUAAAGACAAACUCUGAGAAGUAGGUUAAGAGAUGGAAAGAAUAGGAAAAUGAGAAAUCACUUCAACCGAACCUCAAACAAUUGUAUUUUUCUUUAUAACACUUUACAAAUAUAAUGCAAAUUUAUUAGUUGUACUACGUGAAUGAUUUUGGAAUUUUAUUUCAUGCUACAGUGUAUGUUACAUACAGCCAAAUGGAAAAUAUAUCUGAAAAGGGGGGAAAUGAGGGCUUUCGCAUAAAUUGACUGUCCAUAGCUCAUGUAAAAUUUAUUUCAAUAAAACCAGUCUUUUGUGCAAAAACCUUAUCUCGAUGUUACAUAAAAAUAACUGAAAAAGUAC